UAUUCUGCAUUCGACCGCGCCGCCUUUACCGGAAUACAAAACAACAGCGGUCAAAAAGUCGCAGUUUAUCCUUAGUCAUUACGGUGGUUUUAAAUCCUGCUGGGACUGGUUGAUUCUCAUCGCGACCUUUUACGUGGCAAUAAUCGUUCCCUAUAACGCGAGCUUCAUCAACACCGAUAGGCCUACCAUGGUCAGUGACGUUGUCGUCGAAGUGCUCUUCAUUAUCGAUAUCAUUUUGAACUUCAGAACAACGUACGUGAGCAGGAAGGGCGAAGUCGUCAGCAAUAGCAAGAGCAUCGCCGUGAAUUACGUGAAAGGCUGGUUUUUUGUCGACCUCGUAGCGGCAUUGCCGUUUGAUUUUCUCUAUGCCUCGGACGUUUACAGCGGCGAGGAAUCGGCGCACAGUAACAUCCACUUGGUGAAACUCACGAGAUUACUGAGACUCGCGCGGCUGCUACAAAAAAUGGACAGAUAUUCGCAAUACAGCGCGGUAAUUCUAACGAUGCUUAUGCUCUUUUUCAUUGUGGUAGCGCACUGGUUGGCCUGCGUCUGGUACGUUAUCGCCGAGAAGGAGAGAUUGCGGAAUGACAAGGAUUGGGAUUUAGGCUGGCUACAUACCCUGGCUGAAAAAUUGAAAAUAUCAGUGCAAAACGUUACGCACACAGAGAGCUAUAUAACAGCAUUAUAUUUUACUUGCAGUAGUUUGACUUCCGUUGGUUUCGGAAACGUUUCGGCAAACACGUUCUCGGAAAAGUUUUUUUCCAUUUGCACGAUGUUGAUCGGGGCUCUUAUGCAUGCUGUGGUGUUCGGUAACGUUACUGCAAUCAUUCAGAGAAUGUAUUCUAGAAGAUCCCUCUAUCAAACGAAAUUACGAGAUCUCAAAGAUUUUCUAGUCUUACAUCAAAUUCCAGAAGAGCUCAAGCAACGAAUGCAGGAUUACUUUCAGACUAUGUGGUCAUUAAAUCACGGUAUUGACGUGCACGAGACUCUCAAACAAUUUCCCGAGGAACUGCGGGGAGAUGUUUCAAUGCAUCUUCAUCGAGAGAUUUUAAGUUUACCGAUAUUCGAAGCCGCCUCACAAGGAUGUCUGAAGUUGCUUUCACUCCAUAUCAGAAACAACUUUUGCGCCCCCGGCGAAUUUCUCGUCCACAAAGGCGAUGCGCUUUCAUAUAUCUAUUACCUGUGCAAUGGAUCUAUGGAAGUUGUGCAAAACAGCAUGGUGGUUGCAAUUUUAGGGAAGGGAGAUUUAGUGGGUUGCGAUAUAAAUGUUCACCUGCAACACGGAAGUAACGGUGGCGGCACGACUGGAUCUGGCUCGGUUGACGUUGUAAAAUCCAGCUGCGACGUCAAGGCGCUAACAUAUUGCGAUUUGAAGUGCAUACACAUGCAGGGCUUGGUCGAAGUCCUCCGACUUUAUCCCGAGUAUCAGCACGAGUUUGCGCACGAUAUACAGCACGAUCUUACGUACAACUUGCGUGAGGGAUACGAGGCGGAGCAGGAGUCCGAUGUAAAUGGCCCGUCAUUGACACUGCCCUCCAUCAGCGAGGACGACGAGAAUCUAGUCGAGGAGGGCGAAACGUCUCCUUUAUCACCCCCUAACAAAUCACCACUUCACACAUCUUCGAGUCCGCGGCAUGCCAAGUUCAGGGAGGAUUAUAGAGAAGCGAGACGAGCAGGACGGGGAGUCUUGUUGCGAGGGGGAAGGGCAGCGCAAGUGAUCGCGCAAGAAUCUAUGGAGGAGCACAUUCGAGGAUCUGUUGAGAGACUCGAUAAUCAAUUUUCUACGCUGCAUCAAGACGUUGCGACGCUCAGUUGCGAGGUGCGCAACGCCAUUCAAGCGUUGCAGAUGCUCGCCUGCUCACCCCAGAGUAAUCCGAAUCUGCCGACCCCGGCGGCGAGCCGCGGCAGCGGGGUCCUCGCGAGGAGCUCCUCCCAUCCCCCGGAUGCCAUUUGUUGGAAUCCGCCGGAGAGAUUGAUCGACAUGUCGACGCAGACGGAUUGGCCGGUCGACCUGUACGAGGCGUGGGUGCGCGCGAACCCACGCAGGGCCCUGAAGGCCCUCGGUCUCGAUCCGGACGUCGUUCUGAGCCUGCCACCUCCGUCGCCCACGCCGUCGCCGUCUUCGCCUCCGCCGCCGCCUUACGAACCCCUAUCACCUUUGGCGGGCUCACCCCAGCAGUCGCCCUCGCGAACUCCAACGACAGGAAACGACAGCUACGUUUUUGGAAUUACUCGCGACGCUCCGCACAUUCCUCGAUUAUACAGGCCGCCCAAUUCAGCCUGGGAUCCCGACAACAAGCUGUGGCACCGCUUCAGCGCCGGCGACGCCGACAACACGUCGCUCUAUCAGGCGUUGCGACGUCUUCCGGAGUCACGCUCAUUAAAGUUCGAUCCGUUCGAUAGUUGAACUAGUUAAGUCCUACGGCAGGAGCCUGCAAAAAUCCACACUCCGCUCAAAAAUCCAUUUCUCGGCGAUCGGCGUGAAAACGAAAAAGACACCCGGAUCGGAAAAACAUGGCGAAAUUGCAAGUCUAGUAAAUUUAACGAUGAAAUAAUUUUGCGCAUAAAGAGGAAACGAUAUUUGAAAUAUUUCGAUUCGGAGGCUUGGGAAAAUUAAUCUUCUAAUAGCUAACUGAUUCGAUCAACGCGAUAAUCCCAAAGCUACAGGCUGGAGGCAAUAAUGUUUGAUUGGCAGGUUAAUCACGAUUUUGUCAAACUUGUUGGACUUGUUCAUCGGGAUAAACAUUCUAUCGCUUUAAUGUUAACAGAAUGGAAUAAUUUCUGAUAAAGUAAAAACUGAAUAAACGCGGAAAAUGUUGUUGGGGAAUUGGUCCGCAGUCCGCGAUAGGAAUGAAUGACCGAUGAUAUAUAAAUAUGAUAUUGAUCAAAAAGUGGUCAUUUCAAAUCACGGUCGAUAACGCAUAAUGCAUAUUCGGGCUCGUAAUAUAAUUCAUUGUAACGUAAGUUCGCUCGUUCGCGCGAUACUAGAUUACUCGUAAAUUGACAUUUAUGUUUCCUUUCGUCGUUAAUGUCAAUUCGUCGGUCUCGUUGCAAUAUUUAACUCUUGAAUGCACCCGGUCGUGUUGAUUACAAGAUGAGAUAAAUUAAGACUGACGUGAUAUGCAUAUCAGAGCAAGUACACUUACGGUAUUUUGUUUAGGCAAAAGCGAAAAACAUUAUUAUACAAAUAUUUUUUAUGUCUCAUAUUACGAUAUAUAAAUGUACGUAUAUCGAUAUAUGUCCGAUUAUAAUAUCUCAUCGAGCGAUAUACAUUUAUUUCUAUAAUUUGUUAAUAUUAUUUAUAAUCAGUAAG